GUCAUUCCUUAUACAAUUAUUCUAACUGGCCCUAUAGGAGCGGGUAAAACAACUUUGUCACAUAUAUUUACAUCUUAUUUAAAAUCUAAGGACAAGAAUGUUCACUUAAUUUCUGAAGCUGCUUUGAUGGAUAGCAGAGCAUUAAAAAUAUUCUACGAAGAAAGAAAUAAGACGGAUGAUAUAUUAGAGCGCAUCAAACAUUUGAUUGAGUCAUUUAGUAGAAUUAGUCAUCAAUUUGAUGUUGUGAUUUUAGAUAGAACACCUUUAGAUACUAAAGUUUUUACAAAAAUGAACAUUUCCAAUCUUGAUUAUGUUACUUUUUUAAAUAGCUAUGUUUCGUUUAUUGAAUUAAAUAUUGAUAAAGUAGUUUUUGUUCAACCAGAAUUCAGUAUCACAGUUGAUAGAGUAAAAAACAGGAAUAGAUCAGGAGAAACUUGUAGUGAGGAUUAUCUUCACGAUUUAUUUAACCUGUAUCAAAAUGAUAUUUAUGAGAUAUAUCCUAAAAAUAAGGGUUGA